AUGUUGACGGACAAAGGGAUUGCACGGAAGAUGAAUCUAGAGCACCUGAGUGCAGCGGAGUGUGAGAAAAUUUUGCAAGUGCUCCAAAAAGAUUUUGAAUUACGACAGAAGGAGAAAACCAGACUUGAAAAAAUUGAAGAGGAUUUGAAAGAAGAAGACACAAAAACUGAGGUUCUGGCCAAGAAAACAAAACUCAAUGAGAAUGUUUGUAUCCGAUGUUGUCAGGCAUUUGGUCUCAUUUUCAACCGUAAACAAACAUGCAGUCAAUGCCACCUGUACAUCUGUAAAUCGUGCUGUUCCCGCGAUCUUGAGAAGGGUGGAUUUGUUUGCAAUGUCUGUGUCAGGGAGCAUGAACUGAAGCUGAAAUCAUGUGACUGGUUCUACAAUAAUGUGAGCAGGCGGUUUAAACGUUUUGGCAGUGCUAAGGUCGUACGGACAUUAUACAAACAGAGAGGAGAUUCUGAUAAUGAGAGUGACAGUGGUUAUGACCCGUCUGUCUACUCCUCCUUUAAAAGUGCUUCCCUCCAGUCUGUGGUGCGACAGCGACCUUCCCUAACUAAUGUGUUCCCAGACAGAAGGAGAGAUGACAACGAUAAUAAUCAUGUUCUUGAACCAGUGUUACCACCUCCGCCACAGUUUGAAAAUGACCUGUUUACCAAACCGCCACCUCCUGUUGUCGUAACGCCCAUCCAAACAUCCAAUGAGAACACUCGUUUAAACAAUAACCAGCCGCAAAACCAGGAAAAGGAAACUAGAGAUAUAUACAAGGAAGCCUUCCUCUCAACAAAAGAUGCAGAAGAAAAGAAAUUUGAGACACGCUUCAGUGGUUUGUUGUCUGAACUUCACCUGUCUCUCCAGAACCAAUCUCCCAACGGCGUCACCUACAACACAUCCUAUGGAGGGGUUAUGGUUAAUUACACAAGUCGACUGCGUGAACUAUUGGUAGGCGUAUCACAACGAUUGGAAUUGGCAAUCGACAGUUUUGAUAAUAAUCCUAACCAGUCAACAGAAGCUACAUCGGACAAAGUUCGACAUCUAGUUUCAAAACUUGUAGAAAACAGUCUUGGAGAGUCCAUCGAUUUGACAUCAGAUGAGGCAGUGUCAGAUUUAUCAUCGCUUUCCGACGAGGAUUCUGAAGGUCACAAAUCAUUUGAGGAUCAGCUUGCUCAGGCAGUUAUCACUAAGGUUUUAGAAAAUCACAGAAAAGAAGCAGGAUUAGAAUCAUUGAGACAGCCCCUUCAGGCUGGUGUUGAGGAAAGAGGUCAUAAGGACUCAGUGUUAAGUUCAAGUACUAUUGAUCAGGGUCACGGAGACUCUUUACAAAAUUCUGACACAGAUCAAGGACAGGCAGAAUCAUUACAUGAGGAUGAAGUCGAUCAUCUUAGUCCACAGAAUUCAUUCUUAGUGAUUGAUGAGCAUGUGACAGAGGACAAUACAGAGUUCAAAGGUCACCAAGAAAGAACAAGUGAUUUCACAGACUAUGUAAUUCGGAGUGACUCAACUUACGAUAAAACAAGAUCUGAAAGUGAGGUCAGAGGUCGUUACAAUCAAAAUAGUGAAAAACUCCAAGAUAGUGUUAGACCUUCAAAUGUAAAACAGUACGAAGAUUGCAAAGACCUUUUAAAGGAAGAGUCAGGGUUCAAAGGUCUCACAGUUCACCAAGUUGAUAAAGAGGUCAGGGAUGAUGAAGUUGUAGGUAAAGACAACAAGGUCAAAUUUCAAAAUAAAAGUUCUAGUGGAGACUUUCCUGAGAUAGUUGCAGAGGAAAGUUUUGAUAAGAAAUAUAAGAAAGAGGAUGUGAUCGAGGAGGAGUUUGUUCAGGAAGAAAAUUUGACCCAGGAAAGUGUUGAUGAAAAACAACCUGUUGAUCCAGUUCAAGAAAUACAAAAACUGAAGUCCUUUUUGAGUGAUCUCUCUCCACGACCACAAGUACGAAAAGUAAUAUUAGAGGAUGAAACAUGCGAUGUUGAGGAGCCGUUGAUUGAACCUGAACUGGUCCAUCGAGAGGAAAGCCAACUUGACUUUCUUACAAAGUGCACGUCCAUCAAUCAUGCACAUGAACACACUGUGUCUCUUCCCGACUUUGAUGUCUCAGAUUUUGAGUUAAAUUCUAACGAAAUUGAUCCAGAUCUGUUAUCAAUGAAUCUCGCUCCAAUUCUUGAGGAGGAUGAAGAGGGCGAGGAGGAAGAGGAUGAGGAGGGGGAAAAGGUGACAGACUGGCGUGGGAACUGGAUAUUUAAGGGAAAUUCCUUUGUCUCCCCAUAUGCAAAUAUGGGCAGGAAACAUGUCGGCGAAGAAUUGGGUCAAAUCUAUAUGACUAUUCCUGAACCAUAUCAGGAACUGGCGCCGCGGGUCGGCAACAGGGAAGCAAAUGCUAUUUUUUCGGACCUCUCCGAUAACGACGAUGAAAAUGAGGACAAUUUAAGUGAUGAAGAAAAUUCAUUUUACGCCAAAACAUCAGAGGAGAUUGCCCGAAUAACAAGGAAAGGCUCAUUUUCACAAUCAGUGCAGACAGAUGACUCUGACCUUGACACCUCAAGAGAUCAAUGGAUGUCUGACUCAGGGGUCAAAGGUCAAAGGUCAAAGGUUGAUGUAAGUGAAAGUAGUGCUGAUGAUGCUAAGACCAAACUAGCCAAAAAAUUGAUUGAGGAACUGGUUCCCGCUGAGAAUGAUGACCCAAAAUUUGAAAUUCCACCUGAAAGUGUGACAGUUCCAGAGGGGGAACCAGCCAAAUUUACCUGUCGGGUUGGCGGCACAGAUCCCACUGAUGUGUUUUGGUACAAAGUUGAGGAUGAAUUGAAAGAAUUAGAAGAGUCUGAACAGUUUGAUGUUUGUCGGGAUGGGAACAGACACCAUAUGACAAUGUAUUACCCUGUUAAGGAGGAUGGUGGUCAGUAUAUGGCUAUAGCAGUCAAUGAGAAGGGGAGAUGCUGUCAGUAUUUAGUGCUAAAGGUCAAAAAAAAUACACAAGAGCUUAAAGCUCCUGAAUUCCUUAAAGGCAUCCAAGAUGUGGAGGUCAUUGAAGGUCAAGCUGUCAAGUUCAGAUGCAAGGUCAAAGGUUAUCCCCAGCCAAGGGUCGUCUGGUACAAAGAUGGACAGCGACUGAAAAGCGACUCAAAUUAUAAAUUAGAGAAGUAUGGUAACCGUGACUACCUGAUGACAAUUGACUUUGCGACGAUGAAUGAAGAUGCUGAGUACACGGUCAUGGCAAAGAACAUGGCAGGGGAAGUAAAAUCCAGCGCUCAGCUGAUUGUGGAACCAGAACAACCAGAGGAAACCUUUAACUCAAUUAAGACGUCGUUUUCACAGUCAUCAUUUUCUUCUUCAUUCUCUGAUGAUAAAAGGACUAGACCCUCCAAGGAAGACCAACACAUCUCUAAUCUUAGUAGGAAAAUGAUGACAGCCAAAGGAAACGUUACAGAUGUAGCAGAGGACAUGUUAUCUACAGCAAAUCAGAAAAAUGCUGCUGAAAAUGUGAGACAUGUAACAUCAUCGACAUUGAAUGUUCUCCACUCGGCAAGGGAGACAAUUGACUCUGAAAGAGAGGAUGAUGGUUGCCUAGCAACAAGCACCCCUCGUCAGGAGGGACAGAGUCAAAUUCCCCAUUUAAAAAUGGAAAGCUCUGACAAAAAUUCAAAAGUUCCAGAAAUCUCAAAACAACCGCAGGUCCAGCAGAAAAAGUGGUACAAUUCCUCAUCAUACCCUGUGGAGUCUUUCAGUUCCUAUGUCUACCCGAAAACCUCGGUAACAUCUGUGAGUGAAAAUGACACUCCAAAGGAUGAUAUCGUUUCUCGAAUAGAAAAUAUGUCGGUGCAAUCAGAAAUAGUUCUUCCAUCAUUUUCCCUAAAUGAUAACAAACCUUAUGAUUCCCAAAUCGAACAGCUUCCAGUGACUGUGGAUAGUUUCAAGAGUUCAUCUGACUUGAAUACUAAACAGAAAGUGGCACAACAGGAAGUGGAACUACAGCAGGAAAUGGCACCACCACAGGAAGCUGAAUCACAACAGGAAGUGGUGCUGACAGAGGAAGUGAAAUCACAGUCACCAACACAAAAGAAAAUGAAAGUUGUCACAGUAGUAAAUACUGGGCCAAAGAAAUUAGUUAGUUCACAAUUCAACAGGGACUUCUUCGUAAACGCAACGCCAACAAUGUCACGGAAACAUUGGGAAGUUAAUACGACGUACAAGUCAACGACUCCGCCAGUCAACCGUGACAAUUCCUUAGAGGAGACACAAGAACAGAUCUACAUGACAGCUGGUAAGGUUUAUGACCUUGAAGAGAAAGUUGGUGACCUUCAAACUCAAGUUAAGGAUAUAGAAGAACAGAAACAAGAGGAAUUGGAUUUGUUAGAGGAUGCUGUGGCCCUGACUGUGGCCGAUGUUCAUCGCACAGAACAGGAUGUAUCAUCUAUUGAAUCAUCAGUGAAUCAAAUCAAAUUACGUGCUCUUCCCACCACAAUCAUUGGUCAAACAAGCGAAGCCGAACUCCCAGAAAGUCGGACCGAAUUAAACGAGGAUUCAGGAAUCAAGGAACUGCCGUCGGUAAAUCGAUUGAAGGCCAUGUUCAGUAAUCCAGCAGACGAAUCUUCAAUCAAAAGGGUACACAGCAUCACUGCAAGAACUGUACCAAAAGAAAAAUUAGAAAGGUUCAGAAAGAUGUCAUCUUCUGAUCUGGAUGAAUCCCUUGGGGAACAGCAAGGAAGAACAAGUCAGUUGACCGUAAACCUUGCCCCAACCCCAAAGAUCACGAUUCGUGAUGAACCGAAGCAAAUUUUCCCCGAAACUAAAGGUGCAACAUUCCCACUCUCAGUACCAAAGCAGACUUCAUUGAAAACAACUGCUACAUCUCAGGUCAAAGUUCAACCAAGGACACAAGCUCCAGUAACACAUCAGAAAAAGAUGGCGCCACAAACGCCUACCAGCCAAUCAGGUGAGGCGACUGUGAAAAAACCUGUUGAGAAAAAAACAACACCAAAAAUCCGAUCAGGGUGUAUUGCUGCUAGGGCAAACUUUUGGGAGAAGAAGAUUCAGGAUCCACAGGAUGUUUUAGAAGAGGAGUUCCCGGAUAUGGUCGUCCAUGUACAGGAAUAA